AGCCGUGCUCCAAUUCCAAUGGCAGUGGUCAGAAGAGAGCUGUCGUGUGAGAGCUACUCACUCGAUCUCCGUUGUCCAGGAACAGAUGUGAUCAUGAUUGAAAGUGCCAAUUAUGGUAGAACUGAUGAUAACAUUUGUGACUCAGACCCUGCACAGAUGGAAAAUAUCCGUUGCUAUCUUCCAGAUGCCUAUAAAAUUAUGUCUCAGAGAUGCAAUAACCGUACACAGUGUGGAGUUGUAGCUGGACCAGAGGAAUUUCCUGACCCGUGCCCAGGUACCUAUAAAUACCUGGAAGUCCAGUAUGAAUGUGUCCCUUACAGUGAUUUUUAA